GCAUUGCACUCGGCGUGGCAGCCAGCACUGCGCAGCUAGGGCAGAUAAUUCACUGACAGAGGGCUAAAAACAAACACCUCAUAUCAUCGUUCUCGCCUCGUUUCCUUUCAGCGUCACCCCGGGGGAACAAGCUCAAAGCGCAGUCGCAUAUCGGACCAUGGUGGGUGUUAAAGUGAUCGGCAGCGACCCGGACUUCCAGCCGGAGUUGGCGGCCGCCGGCUCCAGGCUCACCGUGGUGAAAUUCACAAUGGCCGGAUGUCGGCCCUGUGUCAGAAUAGCUCCAGUGUUCAACAUGUUGAGCAACAAGUAUCCACUGGUCAUCUUCCUCGAAGUGGACGUACAUGUCUGUCAGGCAACAGCAGCAGCCAACAACAUCUCAGCGACACCAACAUUCUUGUUCUUCAGGAACCGGGUUCGGAUUGAUCAGUAUCAGGGGGGAGACUCUGCAGGUCUGGAGGAAAAGAUUAAACAACACACAGAGAAUGACCCAGGAAACGGCGAGGACUCAGACAUCCCAAAGGGCUAUAUGGACCUCAUGCCUUUUGUCAACAAAGCCGGCUGCGAGUGCCUCAACGAGAGCGACGACUGCGGCUUCGAUAACUGCUUAGUCAAAGACUCGUCCUACAUGGAGUCCGACUGUGACGAACAGUUGUUGAUAACGAUGGCCUUCAACCAGCCGGUGAAGCUCUUCUCUAUGAAGCUACUGUCCUCAGACUUUGCCCAAGCCCCUAAAGUGGUAAAGAUCUUCAUAAAUCUUCCUCGUUCUAUGGGUUUCGAUGAUGCAGAGCGGAGUGAAGCCACUCAAACUCUCGAGCUGUCAGAGGAAGACUACAAAGACGACGGUCUGAUUCCCCUGCGUUACGUCAAGUUUCAGAAUGUGCAGAGUGUUACGAUGUUUGUCAAAUCAAACCAAAAAGAUGAGGAGACAACAAAAAUCAACUACCUGACAUUCAUAGGAACUCCAGUACAGGCCACCAAUAUGAACGACUUCAAACGGGUUGUAGGGAAGAAAGGUGAGAGUCAUUGAGCAGGAGAAACGAGGGGGGAGACGAUGAGAAGAAAAAGAAGAAGAAGAAGAAGAAGAAGAGGAGGAGGAGGAUGCGAAUACAGUACAUCCAUGAAUUUUGUCCUGUCAAAGCUGCCACAUAGAAAGUUGUCAGAAGAAAAAAAAAACAUUCACACAACCUCCAGCAAUCCUCAUUUUGCUCUUAGUGAAUUCUCCAUCUCUGGAGAGUCGGUCUAUAAAUCAUUUAUAUUGUAAUUCUGAUGACAUCACUGUAAAUAAAACGAUCCUUUUUCAAAGGCAUGUGCUUCAGGGAUGCUUCAUUUGGAUCCUGCAGCAGGUGGAGGAGAAGAGCAGAAGCCCUGACUGACUGUACUCUAUUGAAAACAGUGCUAGUAGUGUACUAUGCUACAAUAGUAGCAUUAAUGCAUGUAUGAAGUUCAACCUUCACAUGGGUAUCGAAAAUAUUAUCAGUGCAAAAACAUG